AAACACAUCUCCCAAUACAGCCACAUCAGCAAAACACAAAACCCAAUACAACCACAUCAGCAAAACACAAAACCUCAUACAUAUUUGUUGACCCAGACAAAAUAACACCAUUGCAAGUGCUCUUACAGGCCGAACAAACCAGACUCUGCAGGCAUAUGCUCUGAAGUUUCUAUGGACAUUUUGUGAAUGUGCCAAGAACUUGUUUAUAAAGAAAGAAAUAAACAAGUAUUAAGGUCUUCUUCAGUCGAUGCCCACUAUCAUCAAAAACUCAAACUGGACAAAUAACAUCGAUAAUGCUUAUCACUAUGAAUUUGACUUACUCAAGAGUUCUUACCCUUAUAAUGUACCUCAACUUCUUCUCCUUUGAGAAAACCCACCUCUCUGAUUUGAUUUCCGAGGAUGGAAGAGGCAAUGGUGAAGUUUUUCAUACAGAGAUUGGAAUCUCUACUAGUUCAGGAGACUGAAACUUUCCUUCUACUUGAAGAUCAAAUAGCACGGCUAACAGGCAGAUGCAAGGAGAUUGCAUUGUUUACUGAAGAUGUAAGCAGAACAGGAGGUGAUGCUGCCAUCCUUAGUUGGGCAACUGAGCUUGGAGAUCUGAUUUUUGACUUGGAAAAUAGCAUUGAUGAAUUCAUGAUUCAGAUGGAUCAGCAACAGAAAAACAUGUCUGAUACAUCAGGGCUUACCGAUGGCUUCAGAGCUCAACUGCAGCAUAUCGAAGGCCGUCUCCUUCAAAAUUCACAAAGGAUGAAUGACCUCAAACUUCGACCUGAAAAUGAAGGCGCGAAGGAAGACAAUAGCAUUAGCUCACAAGGAAUGGAGGAAGGUGAAGCAUCAUCUUCUUUUCCUUUUAAAUCAAGUUUUACUAGUCUACAAUAUUACCUCAAGUAUUGUUUGAUGUACUGUUGCAUCUUCCCUGCAAAUUACUGGAUAUCAAGAGGAAGAUUGGUCCGGUUAUUUGUAGCUGAGGGUCUGGUGCAAGAUAAGGCAGGAGAAGUCAUGGAAGAUGUAGCUGGAGAAUAUAUAAACCAAUUGGUCAACAAGGGAAUGCUUCAGGUUAAGGAUGAAGAAGCAGACACUGGGAUGAAACUCAUGGUGCCUUCUACGCAUCGCGAAUUCCUUCUAAAUGAAAAACUCAUUUUUGCAGUUACCAAUCCAGACUCUAGUCUCCCAAAUACUGCUCGCCGUGUUUCAAUCUAUGCAGACAUUGAAAAGUUAACUCACAACUUAAAAAAUCUUCGACCACGAUCUUUGUAUUUGUUUGGAAAUCAAGGCCCUUCUGAUGGUAAUUGGUUGAAUUUUCAAUGGGCAAAAUUUUUGCGAGUGCUAGAUCUUGAAGAAAGCCGAAUAAAACGCUUAGCAGAUGAAAUAGGAGACCUGACCCACAUGACCUAUCUUGGCUUGAAAGGAACUGACAUCUGCGAGCUUCCACCAGCAAUUGGCAAUUUACAAUAUCUACAAACCUUGGACAUCAGAAGGUGCAGGAACUUCACAGAAUUAUCUGCCGAAGUCCUGAAACUUGCAAGACUGAGACACCUCAAAAUGUUCAAAACAUUCAAUGUGGGAGGGAUAAAGCCACCGGCGGGGUUAGGUAGAUGGAAAAACCUCUUGACACUCACUGGAAUACACACUGGUGACACUGUGGCAACAGAAUUAGGUGACUUGAUUCAGCUCAGGAGGCUGGGAGUGAUGGAUGUGGCUGAAGAGGACGCCAAUGAGCUAUUUGCCUCCAUUAUGAAGAUGCAGGGUCUUCUGAGCUUGUCACUUGAAGCAAAACAUUCUUUCAACCCACAGAGACUUGUCCUCUUGGAGUCAUUCUCACCUCCAUCAUUUAUUAGGAAACUUCGCCUGGGGGGUCACCUAGAGAAGAUCCCAAGCUGGUUUGGCUUGAUGGAUAAGCUUACAAACCUACGAUUAGGUUUCUCUCAUCUGUCUGAAAAUCCGGCAUCUGUGCUCCAGCUUCUACCAAAUUUGAGAAAAUUGAACCUGUGGCAUGCUUAUGACGCAAAGCAGUUAGGGAAAGAAUUUUGCAGGGCUGGUGGAUUUCCAAAGCUCGAGGUUCUAAUGAUUGCUUCUAAUGUUCUGGAGGAAUGGACUGAGCUUGAAGAGGGAGCACUACCAAGCUUACAAUUCCUCCACUUGCAUAACUGCUUGCAACUGCGGAUGCUCCCCGAAGGUCUGCAAAAUGUGACUACACUGAAAAGGUUGAAUUUGAUACCUUUGCUCGAUGAUCACAUGGAGAGGUUGAAACCUGAUGGAGGGGAGGAAAAUUACAAGAUCAAAAACAUUCAGACCAUAUCAUUCAUUCCUAUGUCUGCGCUGGAAAAUUUAACGAGAGGUGGCGAAUCACGCUGCACCCAGCAGCCUACGGUUGAUGAAGUUUGAAGAACCGAUAUUAUGUGUCCUGCAGAAAGAUUGCGUUAAUCUAAGAUGCAUUACAUAUGAAGUGGAUCUAAUAAACUUCAUUUCUUGCAUGUUGCGAGUGUGCAUGUAUCUAAUUACUUGUGUUUUCAUUUGUAUGUCAUUUUUCGUCUAUAUUGACUGUUAUACUCUACUGGAAAUAUAACUUU